AUGCACAUAGAGAUCCAGCGAUGCACCGAGAAAGACAUCCCUCGUGUCUUUGAAAUCGUCUCUCUAGCCUUCGCAAACGACCACGAAUUCGUCGAUGCCAUCUUCCCCGCCCACAGCAGUCCCGAAGGCCGCAAGUUGGGUAGCGAGCGCAUGCUCGCCACAUUCCAUGGAGAUCCUUAUAGCAUCUUCCUUAAGUGUAUUGACACAGACACUGGCAGGAUAGUUGCGGCUGCAAAAUGGAACAUUUACAAAGGCGGCCCUGUCCCUCCGCCACCUCAGCUAGAUGGUGACUACUGGAAGAACGAAGAGGAGAAGAGAUUUGCACAAGCUCUGUUCCAUGGGUUCUUUGCGCCAAGACAGCAAGCUAUUGAGGAAAGUGGCGCGAAAUUGGUUGCACUGGAUAUGUUGAUGUGUGAUCCUGAAUACCAAGGCCAGGGGGCAGGGAGACUGUUGUUAAAAGCCGGUCUCUCUAUUGCUGAUGAGAUGGGAGUCGACGCGGUGGUAGAAGGAUCAGAUCGAGGCAGGAGACUUUACGCGUCAGAGGGCUUUGAUGGACCCCAUUACGUCUGUCCAGUGCCUGAUGAGUUUGCUGCGCGGCGGAAGCAAACAUACUGGUGGAUGCGACGACCCAACACCAGCGUCUAA